AAAUAUUUAAAUUCUUAUAAAUAUAUAAAUUUGCAUAACAAAGUUAAUAAAAUUUACAGACUGUGUAAUUUUGAAUAUACAAAUACAUUCAAUGUAAAUAUGCAAAUCGCCGGUUAAUGUUACGUGAUAACAUAAUAAGAAGAAGCAUAAAUAAAAACACAAGUAAGGGUGGGGGAGCUGAAAAUGAACAACAAUAAAUGAAUCAAAACAAACAUUAAGAAAAAUUUACAAACAAAAGAGAAUACCACAAACACGAUUGCGCAGUCUGCUCCACCACAAAAAAAAGACCUAAAACAGAAAUCAAGAAACACGCCAGAGACACCAGUCGCUACAAAUAUUUUGACAUUCAGUGUCUAUCAAAACGGAGUACAUACGACGAGAGAAGAAGAAAAACGAACCGAAAAAGAAAAAUCCAUACGGGAAACAACCACAAAGUGAAAUUAUUAAAGAAAAAAUAAUAUUGAGUGUGUGUGUGUAGUGAGUGCGUGAAAAUUUUCUUGCACACCAAAAGAAAAAGAAACACUCAUUUCUAUUUUCGAUUAAAAUAAAAUAAAUCAAAGGAAUUAAAUGUAUUAAGUAAAUUAGUGGUAAAACGUGAUUAAAUUUGUGUAAAAAUCUAACCACAAUGGGUGAAACUACCCCACAUACUCCAGCUCCAUCACCUACUGAUGAACAUGCUGCUGCUAUGGCUGCUGCAGCCAGUGGCACCACCACACAGCCAACACAUUUUAAGGUGAUAAUCAUUGGAGCUGGUAUGUCUGGUCUUUCGGCUGCCAAUCAUUUGCUGCAAAAUGGCUGUGACAGCUUUUGUAUAUUGGAGGGACGUGGUCGCAUUGGUGGUAGAAUCGUCUCAAUACCAUUGGGACAACAGAAAGUUGAAUUGGGUGCUAAUUGGAUUCAUGGCGUUUUGGGUAAUCCCAUUUUUGAAAUCGCUGUGCAACAUGGUCUAGUCAGUGUGGUUAAUGUUCCGAAACCGCACAAAGUUGUGGCCACUACAGAAGAUGGCCUACAAGUUCCUUUCAGUAUACUGCAGGAAAUCUAUGAGGCGUAUGUGUGUUUUUUACGUCGAUGUGAUGAAUAUUUCCUGUGCCAGUACAGCCCACCGCCCGACAUAAACAGUGUGGGUGAACACAUCAAUUACGAAAUACAAAUCUAUUUGAGUUCAGUCGAAGAUCCCAAAGAGAAACGCUUAAAACAAUUGAUUUUCAAUUGUUUGCUAAAGCGUGAGACUUGUAUAACGGGCUGUACCGAUAUGAAUGAAGUAGAUCUCUUAGAAUUAGGUAGUUAUACGGAAUUACAAGGUGGCAAUAUAGUGUUGCCUGCCGGUUAUAGUUCUAUUUUAAGACCACUCACUGCGCAAAUACCCAAAGAGGCUAUAAUAACAAAAUGUCCCGUAAAGAAAAUUCAUUGGAAACGAAAAAAGACAUUAACCGGUCUAGAUACUGUAGAUGAAUCUUCUGAAUAUGAAAACGAUUCGGAUGAUUCGGAAAAGACAGUUACUGAAUUUCCCACAGCAGCUGGCAAAGAGAGUACACCAUCAACUUCCAAAACUUCGCGCGGCGCCUCUGUAGAAUCAGAUGGCAAUGGCGACUAUCCUGUACGGGUUACAUGCGAAGAUGGUCGUGUAUUUUAUGCAGAACAUGUGAUAUGUACCAUACCCUUGGGUGUUUUAAAACAGUGUCAUAAAUCACUCUUCGAUCCCGAAUUACCACAUUACAAACAGGAAUCUAUUGAGCACUUAAUGUUUGGCACCGUAGACAAAAUAUAUCUCGAGUAUGAGCGUCCGUUUUUAAGCGCUGAUAUUUCAGAAGUUAUGCUGCUGUGGGAUGAUGAUAAAUAUGAAAUGCAUGCCACCGAUGAAGAACGCAGUACAACAGAAUAUUUAAGUAAAAAUUGGUAUAAGAAAAUCUAUUCGUUUGCCAAAAUAUCGGAUGUUUUACUAUUGGGUUGGGUGUCGGGUCGUGAAGCUGAAUAUAUGGAAACUCUACCGUCGGAAGUAGUUGCUGAAAAGUGUACAGAGAUAUUAAGAACUUUCCUGCAAGAUCCAUAUGUGCCGAAACCAAAGAGAUGUGUGUGCACAAGUUGGAAAUCUCAGCCUUAUACAAUGGGUUCAUAUACCUCAAUACCUUUAGGUGCUUUACAAGAAGACAUUGAAAAUUUGGCCCAACCUUUAUACGCUAGUCCUCACGCCUUAAAGCCCGCUAUUUUAUUUGCCGGCGAGCAUACCCAUUCCAAUUUUUAUUCUACCGUACACGGUGCCUAUUUAAGUGGCCGCACUGCAGCCCAAUAUUUAUUGGCCAACGAUGAACCAGAUGAGAUUAUAUUAGAAUCAGAUGGUAGUGAUUUAAGUGCUUGGAUACAAGGCAUAGCUUUGGAUUAAGUACUUCAAAAACAAACACAGACACUCAAACAAAACAAUUAGCACAAACAAUUUUUAAAUUAUUUUAAAUUUUUCUUAAAAAUUACGCAUGUGGCUAAUUUUUGUAGUGGAGCUAAUGUUUUAUAUUUUAACACAAAAACAAAAAAAGAAACAAUAUACCACUAAUACCACUCUUCUUAAUUCUAUUUACUUAACAACCAAUGUCAUAUUAAUUUAAAAGCUAAGAAAUGAAAAAUUAUAGAAAUUAAAUGUUUUCCUCUUGUAAAGUAAAUUUUUUUAAGAAAUUUGUUAAGAGAAAAAGAAAAAUAUAUAUUUUCAAAAUCGAUCGAUAAAAGUCACUAAUAUUUUAGGUAAAAUUUUUGUAUGAGUAAAGUAUAAUAAUUAAUAUAAAACAGAUAAUUAUGUAUGUAUUUAUUUUUUGCUAUUUAUAUUAAUAUAUUUUAUAAAAAUUU